AUGGCCCAGACAGAGAAUCUCACCGGUCAAACCGUUGACGCCCCGCCGUCGCCUCCCAGCAGCCCAAGCCAGGAACAAUACCGCAAGUGUACUAUAGAGGACGAGCCUAUAACUAUGAAUAAGUCCCUUUCUUCCGCCAAACCAACGUCGGCUGGCCAAAUUUUACCGGAGCACCCACAUUCUUCCCCAGCUAUAACACCUUCAGGAUACCCAGCCCAGAAUCUCCCCAAACACCCUCAUUCCUCUCCCUCUUCAACGCCACCCCCCAACUACAGUACUCCUUGCGUUCCCAGCUUCGUAACCCGGGAAGAGCUUAAGGAUAUUCUGAUGGAGGUCCUUCGAGCAAAGGAAUCGUCGGGUACUGCGCAGACCACCCCCGGCCCAACCACCGAGCCAGACAUGCAGGCAGACGAGGACAAGUUGGAUAAGGAAACGAAGCUCAUGUCAAAGCUGGAGUACAAGACUGUGAACGACAUCUGGAACAAGGAGCAGCGUGCUUACGAGCUUACGGAAGGCCUGGAAAUCUCGACGGACUCAUGCGACAAAUAUGAAGAAUAUCUCUUCGUCGUUCGACAUAGACACGGCCGUAUCACCGGAGAGAUUAAGACAUAUCUUGACUUCAAGUCGUCUGGACUCGUGGGUAUUCUUCAACGUGUGAUGGACAACGUUUUGGCCGUCAAUUUGCGAGAGGAUAAGCCAUCGGUGCCGGCCGACAUUCUCUUCCAUUUUGUACCGGAAUUCGAGGAUCAGUAUAAGGCCCUUGGGGACGAGUCCAUUGUCGGGAAACGGCUUGGCAUACUUGUAGACUUCCUGAAAAAACACUUCUCACCUUUAGAGGAUCGUUUAAAUCCCCUGCUGGACCACCAGGAGAUUACCUUUGAGCUCCUUGGGGCGUUGUUCAAGCCGAAUGAACUUAUAUUCAUGAUCGACCAGUGUUCAGGGCAACCCCGAUGUUUUGUUUAUGACUCCGGUGAGCUUAUAAAACACAGCCAAGGGGAUUACUUCGAGAUCGAAUGUCGCUCGCUCGACUACGACGGAAAAGUGUUUGGUGAAGUAACAGCGAUGCUCCGGGUUCCAAAAUUUCGAUCGGCCAGAAGGAUAUCCGACCUGGGGGUAUUCCCUCUAAAUUAUCACGGCAGAAAAGCCGAGAUCGAAGCGGAACUGGUUGAGAGAGGUCGCAAGUUCGAGAGUCUCAAGGGUGUUUCAUAUAAUGAAUAUGAAGGUUUUGCCCACCUUAAAACGCCGAAAGGUCCGUUCAAAUUCCACGUGACCGGCCGUAUGAUGGUUGACGCCUUGGCGUUUAAGGAGAAGAAUCCGAACUACGGGUUGUCAGAGGUAAAGGAAGAGUACUCGGAUAGGUUUUUCUCCUUUUCUGACGGUAAGUAUGAAAGAGAGAAAUGCCAGAAGAAGGUGAAGUCUCGAAACCUGGACUCAAAAAACAUGACGGCCAGGGAGUACAUUCUCUGUAGCCCAACAGUUCUGGGCUUUAGCCUUAGCAAAAGGGACUGGGCGGAAUUCUCGGUCUCGAAUAUCCGUCCUAUCGACUGGAGCAAGCUGUCAUCCUUCGAUCAUCUUGAGAUACCCAAAGAAAAGAAAACCAUGGUCAAGACGAUGGUGGAGAGCCACAGACCUGGGUCGGAGAAAUCGUCGUUCGACGAUAUUGUCGUCGGAAAAGGGAAAGGUCUAAUAUUUCUGCUGUACGGGCCUCCUGGGGUUGGGAAAACUUUAACAGCGGAGAGUACCGCAGACCUCCUCCGAAGACCGCUCUACUCGGCCUGUGCCGGCGAUUUCGGAAUCAAGACGGAAGACUUGGAAGGCCAUCUGUCUAGAGUCCUUGACCUCGUUCGUCGCUGGGAUGCGAUAUUGCUCCUGGAUGAAGCUGAUGUUUUUCUGAGCGAGCGCAGCCUCCAAGGUCUGCAACACAAUGCUCUCGUCUCUGUGUUUCUCCGCUCGCUCGAGUAUUUCGAAGGGAUCAUGUUCCUUACGACCAACCGACACAGCACGCUAGACCCGGCCAUGCAGAGCCGGAUACAUGUUAGUAUCAGGUAUGAAUCGCUAAGCAAGGAUGCGAAAGCCCGGGUAUGGAAAAAACAAUUGAGCAACGCAGGUGCAAAAAUUUCGGGAACGGAGCUGGAGAGGCUUCUGAAUAAAAGCUCGAAUGGGCGACAGAUCAAAAACAUUGCCCGAGCCGCAUUUGCAUUAGCCAAGGGAAGGACAGUAACCAUCACACAUAUAGAAACGGCUCUGAAAUGCGCUGAAGAGUUCGACCAAGACUUCCAUGGCGCAGGAGCGUUUGACAAUAUGAGAGCCUAUACUUGA